UAUAUGGCAAAAUGCAACUAUGAAUUGCAUUUUCAUGAGGGAGUUCAAUGCAAGUCGCUAAACAUGUUUUGCUUCAAUAAUUAUGUGAAAAGAAUUUCGCAAUCUGAAUAAGUUUAUCAAAACAAUUUGGUAUGAUGUAAUUUGUGGGAGAAAACAUGUUUGUUAUUUUUUUUAUAUAAUUUGAGUUUUGUAGUUUAUUUUGAAGAUAGACAUUUGUACACUACUUACAUAAAGUAACAAUCUGAGAUAUAUUAUUUUAUUAUACAAAACAUUUAAUAUUACGGUUUUACAAAACCACAUGUUAGAACUAGUUUUCGCUAAUGUAAAAAGGUAUCUUGAAAAUUCUUUUCAAAUUAUAUUCGAAAAUUGACACAUGUUCAUGAUUGAGAAUGAGCUAUGAGACUGACAUCUUUGCUCCAUCCGAUAAAAGUAGCUUACAGUUAUAUGUCGCAAUCGAUAAGGUAGGUAAGUGGGAAUAAACAUAAAAACAAAUAAAUUACGCGAUGACGGAAAAAGACGAGAUUUAUAAAAUAAUUCCAUUACAGGGAUUGACUAACUUGCGUAAUGCAACUAAUGAGUAAACAAAAUAAUUAUAAUCUUUUCACUGUCGUAUCUUAUUUGAUCGAUGACUCAAAUGAUCCUGAAUGUAGACAACCAGAUGCAUUUCUUGUAUCAGUAUCACGAUUGAGUUGUUAAUAUCUCGAAAGAAAUAAAAAAAUGUUAUUUUAUUGACCUUUAUAUAAGGAGAAUUAAUCUACUAUUUUGUAAGAUAGAUAAGCUUACCAAUAUAGUAUUCAAACAGUAUCUUUAUCUUUAAAUACAAAUAUACGAAUAUCAACGUAUGAUUAAAGAUUUUAAAAAAUAGAAGAUUGUAAAUAAAUUUUGAAUUAGAAGAAUACAUAAAUUUCCCCUAAUAUCGUGAACUAAUUAAUUAAAAAUUAAUUAAAGAAAUUUUUACUGAAUCGAAGAAAUUGAUUUAAAAGAUUUUAGAAAUAAAUCUGCUCUAAUUUUAGUGUACUAUGAUAUUUGUAACAACGAUGACUUAUAUAUGACAUUGGAAGGUUUAUCAACCUCAGUAGUAUAAAAAGAACUGAAAUAAAAAUAUAGAUGUAUAUCAGGGUGAAAGUAUUAGGGGAUUCAGUGUUAAAGUGGAAGUCAGCCAAGGGCAGGUAAUAGUAGAGAUUGCUUUCUGAUGUGUGAACUUGAAUUCUCUGUCAGUUCACGGACGUUCAUCUGGCAACGUCAUGCAGGUACCGCUACAUGUCGUGCUGCUUCUUAUAUUCACUUUAAGAGGACAAUUCGCGGAGGAAAUUUGGGAGCAAGAUUUGUCCAUGGACAUGCAAAUUGGGGCUUCCACAAAAGGAUAUGAUCUGGUCGCCUUACGCUGUGGGGCAGAAAGAAUGGUAGUGGGUCUGCAAACAUCGGAGAAUUUUUCAGGUGUGAUAUACACACGAGGUAGUUUCUAUUCCAGACAACCAUCGUGUUUCUUGAAUCCUGAUCAUGGUGGAAACUUCACUAUGACUAUUCCCUUCGACCAGUGUGACACAGAAAAUGUUGAUAACAAAUAUCGGAACACCUUGGUUCUUCAGCAUGACGAUGAGCUAAUUACUCCUGGUGACGCUGCUUUUAUCUUGGAGUGUGACUUUUCCAAGCCCAGAGAUCUCAUAGUGUCAGCAGAAUUGCCUGGAACUGAUAAAAAAGAGGUAAGAUCGAGUAUAUCUCUAGUGGACGCCGAUCCAGGAAGAGAUAAAACGAAGAGGUCUGGGUACGUGGAGAGCGACACCAACGAAGUUGUCUUUGUGCCUAACUCGGUCAUCAAGAUUAACGACGAGUUAUAGAUCAUUGUCUAAUACAUUUUGUAAUAAAGCUUACUUCUAUUUUUAAAUUUUGCUUCAAACUACCUAAUAUAAUUAUAAUAUAAAUAUUUAAUAUAAAUAAAUAUAAUCUAUUAUAAAUAUUUCAAUUUAACUUAAUACUCUCUAAAUAAUCCCAUAGAUAACCAACAAUCUUUGCCAAUCUUUUAGAUUAGAAACUUGUUUAUUCCUUUUUUAAAAAUAUCCUGUUAUGAUAAAUACUUCAAGCUCAGCCUGCAGAAAAAUUCUAUUACAUCCUAUUCUUUAUGUUCAAUUUUCCAUGAAACCUUCAACUAACUUUGAGAGUGAUGAAACUGAUCAAUGAAUCUGAUUAUUAAUUAACUAUCAAUAAUAAAAUUCCACUGUGAUUUACGCAAUGAAAUUUUUUCGCGGCGACAACAACAGGAUGUCCAUGAAUGACGUUAGCUCGUUGCACAUGCCAUACGAUAGUCUGAUAACCUUAGAACAAAUUAGAAAUUACUAUAUUCUCUCGCUUACAUAAUGCACUAAAUAGUUAAAAUAGUAGGUCACGCAUGAAAACCAGAAGAGAAUGACAUGAUAAAUCACAUUUUUGUUGUAUCACGGCUGUAGAUCUUUUUAUUCCUUCUGUUUUUAAAAUUAAUAUGCAUUUCUACCAUUCUCUUUUAUUUGUAUCUUUAAUUUUGAUUUAAAAGAUUAAUUAGAUUUUUUAUAUAAUAAAUUGCUUCCAUCUCAACUUUAACCAUCAAGUAACAUAAGACCUAGGAGAUCAAGAUAAAUUUGGAAAUUUUCUCACCCCCACAUCUAAAAGAAUUUUCCAAUAAUUAUAUUCAACAAUCAUUUUGACAAAUUUUUAUGUGAAUCAUUAGUAGUCUAAAAUAAGACCUCUUUUAAAUUUUGUAAUCAUAACAUAAUUAUCAAAGAUCAAUUUUUCUGAACUUGCACUGAGAUUAAAAUUUGCCACUGAAUAAGUCAAUAAAAGGUCAGUCGAUAAUUGGUUACCAGAUAAAACGUUGUUGGUCGAUAAAACGUUACCAGAUAAAAAAGUCAGAGGACCAAAAUGAAUACACAGGAUAUUGACACUCUUACAACAGGAGCUAACAAUUUUCCACUUUUGGCUACGAAAUGUUCAUAUCUCAUACAGAAUAUUUCAAAAGUGUCACAACUCAAAAUAAUUCAAUUCUGUAUUAGAAGAAUAUUAGAAGAUCAUUGUUUUCUAUAUUCUAUUCUUUUUGUUAACUUAUGCGUUUAAUAAGGAUAAUAUUUGUUUUAAACUUCCAAAUAGUCUUUUAUUUUUCCUGAAAAACUUGUUUCAGUUGUGACAUUUUUGAAAUACAUGUAUGAUACAUGUAUUACAGAAACGAUUAGGUGUUAAUGAAUGAACAGAGUAACGUUAGACAAUUGCUACAACUGGACAUUGGCGAUUUCGAUGCUUUAUAUGAAUGAGGGACUCGUUCUUAUUAAUCGAACGAUUAACUGUAUUUGAUAUAUUCAUGCCAGCUUGAUGGCUAUCUUAAUGAGGCCAAUAUUUGAACCAUAGCUAUUUCAUGAAUUUACGUAUGUUAAUCGCACACAUCUCUCCCCACUAUCGUUGAUCAGCUCGUUUAUAUACAUAUAUAACAGGCCCAUCGUUCCAGACUGUCUUCUGCCAAUUGACGAAUCCGGAGAUCCAUAUUUUACUUAUUUAUUUAAUAUUUCAUAUUCCUAACAA